AUGGACCCCACAACGUGGACCACGCGGGUCUUGGUGGCAUACGCCGAGCAGCAAAACCUUUCCAAUGAGAGGCAGAACGCAACGGUAUCCAAGGCUGAUCGGGAGAGGCUGGAGGCGAUGGUAGUGAAAGACCUGCAAACAUUUUACGCCACCAGCGACAGUGUGGGGGAGCCGGUGGCACGAACGGAGGCGCUCGAGACGCGAGCGGCGGUGCUGCUGGAGCGUCGCGUCUCCCCUGACUGCGCAGAAUUAUUUCGUGAGCAUCCAGAGAAGCUGCAGGAGGUUGUUGAUGCCGGCCUCGCCCUGUUGCGCGACGCCCUGGCGCAUGAUAAGUACAAGUCCGGUCGUCUGCCAUUGGUGGAGUGGUGGCUGCAGUUUACCGUAGAUGAGGUGACGUGUCGCCAGAUAGCGUCCCAGGGCACAUCGCAUGUGUGUGGACGGACAAUAAUGCGGCACGAGGCGAUUGUUUACUGUAGGGAGUGUGCGGUGGAUUCGUUGUGUGUGAUGUGCGCAGAGUGCUUUCAGAACUCACCUUGCGUGGACCACAAUCACCUUGUGCGGUAUGGCAGCGGGGGUGGCAUUUGUGACUGUGGCGAUUCAAGUGCCUGGAAUCCCGAGUCCUUCUGUACGCGGCACAGGGGUUUCCAGAAUAACAACGACCCCACCACCGUCUUGAGUGCAGUGCAGAAACGAUGGUUGGAGGUGGUGCUGCGCGGCCUGGCGCAGUAUCAUGUCACAAUUAUGCGCUUGUUUCAGAUGGAAGUGCAGAAGCUGGGCGAUGACGAGAGGACCAAAUGGAUGAAGCACUGGGUGGAUCGGCUAUUGCGACGAACGGCCGCCGUGACACAGCUGCUGGCGAAGAGCGCUGAGAGCUCCCGACGCAUAUUGUGCCUUAGCUUGAUGGGGCCGGCACUUAUGCCACGCCCCUUCAAGUCCUGGGCGACUUCCGUGGAGGUGAAGGUAGAGCAGCCCUUGCCGUGUGUGGAAGAGGUGUUUCUUAUUGAACUCGAACUUACGAACGCCAAGGAUCUCCUCAUCUGGAAUGAUUCGCUCCUUACUCUGCUGGACAGCUGCGUCAUCGACCCGUUGUUCCGCGUCCCGUUUGCAGAGCUGCUGCUGAAGUAUGCCGAGCGAAUCUCCAUUCGGCACGAGCUGCACGUUGAGUCACUCAUGAUUCAAGUUCUAAGCGUGAAGAAUGUGGUGGAUGCCUUGCUUCUAAAUGCGCCGCAUCCACACUGGAAGUGUGUGAUUGGCCGCGAGACCAUCCUCCAUCGGCAGUUGUCGGCUCUGCUAUACUUCAUCUGUCUAGUGUCUAAACGCCACAAGCAACUACCUCUUUCCACCAGCCCCGCCAUGUACUGCUCUCACCGAAUCACCAACAUAAUAACCUCGUCGGAGAACACGAAAGCAAUAGUGGCUUCGCGCCUGCUGUUCCGUGCGUGGUGCAAGCUGCUGUGUCUUGUCGGUAGUAACAGCAACGUGCAUCGCGAGAAGGGAGACUCAACAUCGCGCAAAUACACUGUCUUGAGGGACCACGCUAUGGAGCUGGCGUCUCGGCUUCGGGAAGUCUUCUACCCUGUUGGGAAUAUGGUGUACAGCAUUGGUAUGGCGCUCAUCUCGGGCAGCGAGCCGAUUCCGGCUUGGCUGCAGGAACGCCUGCAGUUACUGCCGCCAACGUGGGAUGCGGUGCCAGACCCCCUCAUCGACUUUCCGGAGCACCGCCAAGUUCUCGAAGCCCUUGCCCUGCCGCAGGACGCGUCAAUGCUGUUGUUCAACGCAAAUGGCAUCGAGGUGGGUGGAAGACACCGUACUUACUUGAGGGAACUGCUGAGGGAAUUCGUGGAGUCCAUUAACGCCACCAUUGCGAAAAAGCGGGACGACUUUGCAAAGCUGCCGUUUGUCCUUUCUGGGGAGGAAGAGGAGCGUGGGCUUUCGAGUUAUGACUUGCUUAACCCACAGACGGGCAACCCGACCUCCUUUAUUGUGCCGCAUUUGCGCUUCUUUGUUGUGCUUGUAAGGAUAUGGGCGCGGCUCCACCAAAGGCAAGGAGAGGUGUCGGCGGAAUGUGGUGGAAGUAAAGAGCCAUUUCACUGCCUCAUUUCGGAAGUGCUUGAGGCGACACUGUGGCGAGCAGAGUAUUGGCUCGAUGAGUGUCUCAUGCCUCUUGUUCUUUUGGGCCAGGUGGAGCAGGGUCUUUGGCGCCGCGGCGACUGUGAUGUGAUGCUGCGGUGUAUGUUUUAUACGAGUUACGUCACAUGGGAGAUGGAGGUGGAUCUUUACAUGAUGCAGCUACUCAUGUUAGUGAUGCCGACAGAGGAGUACGCUAUUCAGAUGUUGCAGCGGCACGUCAUCGCGAUGCAGGGUGUGCCAAGUGGUCUGUGUUAUCCGUCCUUCCUACGUCUCGUUCUUACCCUCUGCAUGGGGGAGUGUGGGGCUACUAUUGACAAUGAGGAAGACCUGCGGCAGGCGUUGCGUGUGCGGCUUCUGCAUGGCAUGGCGACCACGGACGAGUUUUCCGUCCGUCUGGCUGAAUUGGCGGCGCAGGAGUUUACUCACGUCCUUCCGGGUGCCGACCCGGUCGUGAUGCUUCCGAGCAUACUGGAAGAGAUCGCCGUGCCGCGGCAGCGGGGGAGUGAGCGUGUGUUUCAGGUAAAGGACGCGACGACAUUGCGGAACCAUCUGAAUCUGUAUCACCCGCUUCUGCGGGACCAGCACGCGUAUGACUUGUAUGAUAUGUACACGCGACUUGCACGACGAGAAUUGAUGUCACAGGAAGACAGCGAGGAAAAGGGGUCAUUGCCCCGGGAGCCACAUGUGGCGUUUUCACCGCCCAAAUCGAGGUGGAUUGACGGUGAUGAGGGGCAGCGAGAGGGGGGAGUGAGAUGUGACUUGUUCCGCGACAAAGUCUCUCUUUUGCUACAGACACCCGCUGUGCUUUCUGUAGCCAUCUAUUCGGUUCAAAUGUACGUGUACUUCGUGAUUGGAAAUAGGUCUGAGGAAGUGAGCAAUGUUGUCAACGACGGGACGUUGGUUCACGCGGUGUCUGUUUUGUAUCUGGCCAUGAAAGCCUGCAGAAGGAUCAGCCUCUUCGCCCUCUCUAAUACCACCACUACCACUACCACCGCAUUCGACACGAUUGACUGGGAUGCCGUCAAGACGUUUCAGCAGCAGUUCAUGCCACCAUCGGGCUAUCUUUCUCAGGAGUUGGCGCUGUUAUACCCAGUGAAGGGCAUCAUGAGCGCUGUAACCCUAAAGGACAAACUGGGCAUACCAAUCAUUCCAGGGGCACGAGCGGACGAGGUAUUGCCUCCACCAUCAUCCACGCCCUCCCCCUCAUUGCAUGGUGUUACAACAAUAGCUGCACUGCAUCAGCUCUGCACGCAUUUCAGAAAUGAGAAGGCGGAUGGGUACAGCAUUGUCCCAAUGGCGGAAUUCAUCUUGCGCAAUGUGGGAGCGCUGUCCUCCUCGUUCGAGGAAGAAGAAGCAGCACAGCGUGAGGCGCGGCGCGAGCAGGAGGAUCAGAAAAACCGAAGCCGCAAGGAGAGACAAGCAGCGAUGCUACAGCGUCUGAGGAAGAGUAAUACAAGGAAUAUUUCCAGGCUGAUAAAUGCAGCCGAUGAAACGCUCCCCAUUGACGUCGGCAGCAAUAGCGCAUCCACGGCUGGAAAAGCAGUUGCUGAUGAUGGAGUGCAGAAAAAGACGGAGGCUGAUUCUGACCCCUCUACCUCUGUUACUGCCAGUUUGUUAUUGCGCCUUAUGGAUGUUGAGUGCUGCAUGUGCCGCAGCCCAACCAAAGAAUCACUUUUCCUCUUUGGCAAUGUCUCUAGCUCGGAUACACUAUAUCGACUCUCCUUUGAUGCGGAAGUGGCACACAAAUUGAACGGACAUGUCCACAUGUGCGGACAUGCUGCACACCGAGGCUGUGUUUCAAAGACGUUCGGACGGCUUGCCGGUCUCUGGGAAAGGGUUGCCGACACUAUAUAUGGGCAAACUUCACUGGGUCCGUUGGAAUUUAACUGCCCGAUGUGCAUCAUGAUCUGCACGACGCUUUGUCCGCUGCCCAAGUUGACGACAAACGCCACAGAGGAGAAGUCAUCAUCGUUGUUCGAGGCUGUGAACAGAGACAUUCAGAAGGAGGCUCUGACGUGCAAGUGGACGAGGGAAGUAGUGCAAAAAAUGCAGAAAGCCGUUGCACGUGCUCAGAUUGGCCUUUCGCCGUCGUCAACAAUGAAAGCGGACGCGUUGUCGUUGAAUACGGAGCCACGGGACGGGAACUCCUGCACGUGGGAACUCGCGGGAACACUGCGGGGCAUUCGAAGCCACAUGCACAUUUCCCUAGAGUGGGUCAAGGCGGGUGGUGCAGUGCAGUACAAUGAGCUUUUGACGCUGUUUACGCUCAUGUCAUCGCUUGACCCAAGGCUUCUACAGGAAAAUGCCCCCAUGUUGUAUGAGGAGUUCACUCGAGACGGUGACGGGUUGUGUUUGCUCCUGUUAAGACUGUUGCAGGCUCCAGGAAAUGCUGUGACGUUGCUGACUCAGCACACAAACGAGCUCAUUCUCACCAGUGAUCACGCUGCCCUCGUUCCCCCUAACUCAGGAGAGUAUGGUGAGGCUUACAAUGGGCUGCUGAUGGCUAUGUGGAGGGAGCUGAGCUGCCUUACGCUGCUAAAAGUGCUCCUCACGGAAGCGAACCCCGUCCAAGUGGUGCAAUGGGAGAAUGAAAAACCGAUUCUCGCGCCAUUGGAGUCGGAAGGCCUCAGCACGUUGAAGGGACGGCAGUGUGCGGUGCUCACAAUGUUGUGCUACCUGACGGAGAGGUCCUUUGAUUAUCUGCAAGGAAAUGAUCCGGCAGUUUCGCUCUCGUCGAUCAUACAAAGUCUGGUGUCAACUGAGUCAAUGGCAGCGGUGACCCUCCCUGUGGCGAAGCUAAUGCGUUGCAAGCCGCUAUCAGUGCCAUAUGAAGGUCCUGUAGCGUGGCGAAAUUAUAUCUUCCAUCAUAUAUUCCAUCUUGCUGACACGCUUGAAGAAAUGGUGCUUAGACGUAGCUCUUCCAAUGUGUGCUCUGUCUGUGGUGACAGUGAGGCACGGCUAGUGAUGUGCUGCUACUGUGGUCAGUCUCUCUGCGUAAAGUCUGCAUUGUCUCCGCCUGAACUCUAUGAUCACUCACGAACAUGCGGCAACGGCAAUGGCGUGUACUUUCACCUGCGGGAAAAUCUUUUCACUGUGUUGCUGACACUCUCUGAUCGCCAUCUGAAAUAUAGAGGACUAUACGCCGACGAGUGCGCGCGGGCAAAGGCGUACGAAUUCCAUGGCCGUAAGGUGAGCCUCAGCGAUACGGCGUGUCGGGCGUGGCUUUCAUUUUGGAUGCGCUCCCGUUGGGGGGUGGAGUCGCUUGUUGUGAGGAGGUUAGUGCGGGGGAACUUGGAGCGCCUUUAG